AGUGGUGGCUCGCGAAUGGGAACAGGCUUAUGACCCUCGUUCCUUCAAUUGAAUUCAAGCCAAGUGUUGUGCAUUCUGCAAAUCGCGAUCACUAAUUCCAUAGAAAGUCUUUCAGUUAUUUAUAUUGGUUCCAUUCUAGACUAUUGACUGAUGCCAGUGUCGAGUGUGGUGGCCGUUUAGCUCGGCAGUCCUAUCCUACACUGGUGCUGUAUGUUGAAUUCCGAUUCAAGCCCCUAUCCAUGUCUGCCAUUUUGCGUGCGACGCUAGCCUUAUUCGUGUCCACUCCGAAUCCUUGUGAUAUUGAUAUUCCCGCUACCUUCAGGGAACUAGGUAUUUAUCAAAAUGUAAAAAACACUGGUUUUGCAUGCCGGAUACACGUAGUGACAUUUCCCAUGUUUCAGUUUGGAAAUUUAAACUGGAUAUGUAUAGUGGUAUUGGAUGACUUCCCGCAGCAUUCGAACGUCGUUCUAACUAUACAUUUAGUUCUAAAGUCCUCGUGCCAACGUCAAACGUCAGUGAUCUGCAAGUUCGCAUGUCGAAAAUACCCAGUUCUAAAGAACUUGAUAUCUAUUCCAUCCUCCUCCCCCCGGUGUUUAAAACACAAGCCUUUCAGACUCCGUAACUAUAUUGUAAGCGUCGCCUAUACAUGCCCAUCUAGAUACAAUUGACCUGCAGUUUGGAAAGCAUUUUUAGAUUGCGACAAGGUGUGAGACGAUACACUGACUUUUAAGGUUAAUCCAGGGUUCUAAAUGCUGCGGAAAGUCGCAACGAUGGGAACGGCUGCGCACUCAUGUAUCGUCCAACGUCAGUGUGAACUACUGAUAUAUCUGGUAUAUACCUUUUUUUUUUGCAUCCGAUUGAGCCCUCGUAUAUACUUUUCGUUCGGUGAUUCUGAGUCACCGAGCAACUUUUUUUUAAUUCUAAAAAGUCAUUUUAUUGUCCUUCGGGGUCGAAGACCCUAUGUAUGACAUAGCCCUGUUCGCGGGGGGCUUAGUCCCGCUUGUACUAUCGUAUGA